AUGGGCCUUCCGGCUUUCACAGUCUUGUGUCCAUAUGAUCCGGAUCGAAAGGAAGCAAGCAAGGUGUUGGACGGGGUCAUUACCACCUACAAGAUAAGAGAAACUUCUCUUUGUAAUUUGGGAUCAAGCUUGUGGAUGGGCGAACCCUCGGCAGACUUCAGUGCGGAAGGUGUUAGCAGCAGCUCAGGUCUCUGCCACAGCACCUGUUUAAGGCCUGGUUGUGAGCAUGGUUGUGCUUGCUGGGAAGAUGAAUAUGUCGAAGCUGUAAUAUCUUGUGGACAAGAUGAUUUGGUGGUUGAGGAAAUUGGAAUGGCUCUUACUGAAGUGAUGCAUAUCCUUGAUGAUGACGAAGGGCAAGGUCUGGAUGAAGAUUCUGACGAUGACGCGAGCGAUGAUCCAAUUCUUUCUCUGGAAUCUGAUUCAACUGAUGAUUUAGUGGACGUUGACUCUGUAUCACCUGCUUUUCCUAGUGGCGAUGCAACGGAAUCAUCACUUAGCAAUUCAAUUGCUGGGAAUUCUUCAAUUAAUGACACUCCAAGGUUAGUUUCUGCAAUGAAAGGAACCCGUGCGAAGGAGGGAAUCAUGAUAAAGUUGAGCAUUUCUUGGGACCCUGAUGUAUAUGACCCUCCUGUUACUUCUAACUCUCACACUGUGAGAGGGCACCAUAGAAGUUCAACAAAGGGCAACUACAAAUACAAGUCCUCCAAGAGCAGCAGCAGCAGCAGCCGCAGUAGUACCACUGGGAGCAAAAAGGACAAGAAGCAUUCUAGGCACAGUAGCAGUAGUGGUGGAGGCAGCAAAAGGGACAGGAAGCAUUCUUACCGCAGUACCAGCAGUGCCAGCAGCAGCAGAACUAUUACCAGUGGUUCUCUAUAUGGUAACGCAUACAGUGGUGGUGGGGUCAACAGCAGCAGAACUAUGACGUGUUCCUGA